GCCAUAUUCCCAGAUCCUGCCAUAAUCACCUGUGUGGGAUACUUCCUCUUUAGUUUGCGCUUAAACCUCUAUAAUCAUGCUGCAGUUUUGACACCCAGAUUAUAAGAUUCAUGCAGAACUCUCACCAUGUUCAGAUGGUUUAAUCUGCUGCUGCUGCUGCUGCUGCUGCUGUGUUGUGUCAAUUAUAGUGAAACCGGCAGUAAACCUGUGUCAGGAAUAAGGGGAGGGGACGCCACCCUGACAUGUGACUUAGAGGCCAAAGAUAUUUUGCAAAUUGAUUUAAUCCUUCGCUCAGAUGACAUUAAUGUUUGUAAUAAAACAUCGUCUGAAGGAUGUGGUCGAGUAUUUUACGAGAAAUCAUGUGACGUCAUCAUCAAAAAUCUGAGCUUCAGUGAUGCUGGGAAAUACACUCUGAGAGUACAUUAUAAAAAUUAUCAGCAAAAACAAGAGGAGUAUCAACUUCAUAUUCAUGAUGAGUUUGCUGUGAAAACAGGUGCAGAGCUGAAUUUCAUUUUUCUGAUGAACAAUGCUGAAAAAUUGGAGAAAAACUCUGAUGGAGGGUGGAAGGAGCUGAAAAACCUGAACAUUAAAGAGUUUACAUCCACUGACGCUGGAACAUACAGAGUUCUGGACUCUAAUAAUGAAAUCUUGAUCACAGUCAAUGUCACAGAAUCUAGUACAGGAUCAGUGGGAGAACUGGACACAGAUGAUUUCAGAACUAAUGGCACUGAACAACCUCCUGUAGAUGACUGGAAUUUGACAGUUGGAUUGUCUGUAGGGAUUCCGGCUUUUGUGAUUGUGAUUGUGCUUAUUGUAAUAAUAUGGAAAUGUCGGCAACGUCGGAACAGAGAGUACAGAGAGGCACAACAGAGGGAACAAGAUCAUCCAGAGAUAUUGGGGAACCUAUAACGCCCCAGGUUACUAAAUGCAAUUAACAUUCUGUAGCCUACUUUAUGUUACUUAAAGUUUGUAAAUACUGUAAGUACUGUAAAUGCCCAAUCAUGUCAAUAAAGUUUUGACUUUAUGAUUGUUUCUGUAGGCUAGCCUAUUUCUGACUACAGUUGCUUAAAUGAGCGUCUAUUUUCACUUGUAGUCCCUCGUGCCUGUGACAGCAGUCGAAUUAAGUUAAAAAAUGAUAAAUGACCCUUUAAAGGGAGAGGAGCUGAAGAUGGAUCUUCUCUUCAUCAAUGCUGAUAAAGUGGAGCAUCAGAACAGAAUCAAGAAUGGGUGGACAGAGGUGUGGACGAGAGGUCACGGGGUCAGCAGUGAUCGACUGACCGACAGAGAUGGAAAUCUGACCAUUAGUAAUUUUACAGUCUCUGACACUGGAACAUACAGAGUUCUGGACUCUGAAGGAGAAAUCUGGAUCACAGUCACAGUCACAG